AUGGUUGGGGUGGAAUGGGAUAGGGUCGAAACCCUUGUAGAGUUCCUAAAGGCUGAGAGGCCAACUGAGCUAUCUGUACUUAAAACUACGAAAAGGAACAUAGUUAUUCCACCUGCCCAAUCAGUCAGAGUUUCCUGCCAUGUUAAUAAUGUUGGUUCUAUCGAAGACAGGAUACCGGUGUUGUUCGAACCAAACCUAGAAUGGCCGUGGUCUGAUGGUCUUGAAGUUCCAGAGACACUGACAACGAUUUCCAGAGGAUCACGAGUUAAUAUCCAAGUAAAUAACCCCACUAGGCACCCAAUUGUUUUGUGAAAGAGAACAGUGUUAGGUAGAAUUCAAUUGGUCAGGUCCAUAACCCCCCUGGAGGUGAAACAAGUUCAACAGACAAUGGUAAAAGAAAGUGGACAUUUUGGUGAAAAAACUAAAGUGGAUAUUGCCAGUGCUGUGAGCACCAAAGAGAGACAGGAUUGUCCAGAACCUUCCAAUGAAGGUGCAUCUAGUUACGUUCCAAAUGUUGACCUUGAAGGACUUUCAAAUGAACAAAAAUUAAUAGUACAAAAGAUGUUACAAGAGGAAUCUGAAUCAUUCUCGAAAGCAGGGGAAAUAGGGAACGCUAAAGGUUACAAAUGA